GAGAACACAAUAAAGAGUAUUGUUUCCCACAUUGCGACACAAAGUCGAGUGAUAUGACCCAAACCGGUUGAAAUCUCCAGCUAUGCUUUCUGGGUAAAGUGCGCCCGGUAUCCGCCCAUAUUCGCUAAAGGAGGCCAACCUGAGCAGCAAGGCCGGACGCUGGAUCAAAUGGAAAGUUCAAUCGAUUAAUUUGCCCACUUUUUCGCAUGUUCCCGCUCGCUUCUGAUACGAGGUAGACUUACUUAAAUGCGGGGGUUUCGGUGUGAAAUAGGAAAUGCAGAGAUCGUGUGAAACGAGAGGAUUAUCAGCUUGACUUGUUUGGUCGCUACUUCGGACGCGGAACUGCACUCGCUAAAAGGUGAAUCAUGACAGAAUAUAAGCUGGUAGUGGUGGGAGCUGGUGGCGUUGGCAAGAGCGCACUUACUAUUCAGCUCAUCCAGAAUCACUUUGUGGAUGAAUAUGACCCCACUAUUGAGGACUCUUACAGAAAGCAGGUAGUGAUCGAUGGAGAGACGUGUCUGCUGGACAUCCUGGACACUGCAGGUCAGGAGGAGUACAGCGCCAUGAGGGAUCAGUACAUGAGGACAGGGGAGGGCUUCCUCUGUGUUUUUGCCAUCAACAACACCAAGUCCUUCGAAGACAUUCACCACUAUAGAGAACAGAUUAAGCGGGUGAAGGACUCUGAGGACGUCCCAAUGGUGUUGGUGGGGAACAAGUGUGACCUCCCGUCCCGGACAGUGGACACCAAGCAGGCUCAGGACUUAGCACGCAGCUACGGCAUUCCCUUUAUCGAGACCUCAGCCAAAACCAGACAGGGAGUUGAUGAUGCCUUUUACACAUUAGUGAGAGAAAUCCGGAAGCAUAAGGAGAAGAUGAGCAAGGAGGGCAAAAAGAAGAAAAAGAAGUCCAAGACAAAGUGUACACUUAUGUGAAUAACCUCCCCCUUUUCAAGACAGACUAAAAAAAAAAAGAACUAUGUUGAACAGUUAAAGUAAUACAUUUUGUACAUUACACUAAAUUAUUAGCCUCUUUCUCAAUACCCACCAUACUGAAUACUAAACCUGACCCUUUUCUGCCUUUCUAUUAUUUGCUACUUGGACACCAAUAAGCUUUAUUUUCAGUUUAGUGCCAGUUGCCCACAUUUGUUGGUCCAACAGUUUGAUUUUAUUGGAUGAUUUGGAUAAUUUUGAUAUACCUAGAGCUGUAAGCUAAUUGCAUCACAACUCAUGUUAGACAAAUUAUUCAUUACCAAGUUUUUUCUUCUCCCCCUUGCUUAAAAGGCCAUGACUUGUACAAGUUCUGUCAUGCCCUUUUAAUUAUGGGGUGCCAAAGAAUUAAUUUUCAUCUCGAUUCUCUGAGACAAAACAGAUAUGAGGAAAAGACCAACAUUCAGCCAGAUGAGAUCCAAAUGUCCCAGCCACUGUGUAAUUGCCUCCUAUAGGUAUGACUUAGUUAUGUCACUGAUGUAAGUAUGCAUGCAAACUCUUACUCCUAAUGUUUUAACACCCUAAUUAGCUAUUAAUUAAUUUGCAAUUUGUCAAUGCUUUGUACUGCGUGGGGAGUGAUUUAUUGCCUUCAUGAGAUGUUGUUUUUAACGUUUUAUUUUUGUUGUUGCAUGCAAUGUGUCCUAGCUGACAUGGGUAUUGCAAACAUCCUCUGUUUGGUGCAUUUAACAGCCAGCAAUGAGGAACUCUGACCCAAAUGGAUAUCAUACAGUCUUGUUUUUCAGGCAUAUAUAAAGUAAUCAUUUCUCGCUUUUGUGAGUAAGAAAUCAGCCAUUUUAGCUUGAUUAAUGGCAAAUUCAGAGUCACAGAUUUGUACCCGUUUUUGGUUGAUAAAAUGAGACUAGCAGCCAGGUUUUGUGUUGGCCAGAGUCAUUUUAUGUUGCAUGGAUUCAUGCCUCGAGAUCGCUACUAUCGAGCAACUUGUUGGACCUCACUGGCCAAAUAUGGCUUGUUUUUCUUUACUCUGAGGCGCGACUGCAGGAUUGUUUGAUUUAUCCCGACAAUAAUCGUUUCAUUGCCAUUUGUUUAAAAAAAACAGUUCACGAGUUCAACUGUCAACAUCCUCGCAACCGAGGUGUCAUAUUUCAACAGUAUGAGGACCGUUUAUGAGCUCUUUAUUUAAUGUUUAUUAGGUUUUCAAUUUGAGGAUUCAUGAUUCUCUAGUCGCUGGCCAUAGAGGUGUCCUGCCUUGCACAUGUCCCUAAGCUGUGGACUUGUUUGUCUGUGACUAGCUUGAAAGCAGAAUGCAGCUUUCAGGAACAUUUCUUUUGGUGUGGUGUCACAGAGGUUGUUUAAAAUCUCGUCCAAACGGAUUUUCAGAUUCUUACUUUUUGCCGAGCUUUUGAAAGAGUUUUUUGGAUUAAUUUUUUUAAAGUGUUGAAAUUGUUUUGGUGGGCUGCCUUUCAACAGAAAUGAUUGUCCAGCAAAGUAAUUUGUCAUUUUCUCUCACCAAGCUUGUGUGUUGUGGUGGUGUAACUGGAACUGAUGUUUGUAAAUGAGGCAAUAAUUGCCAUAAAAUUGGUUUUUAAAGAAAAUUGUCUGAAUUUAUAUUUAAAGUCCUAGUUUCUUUCCCAGGUCAACCUGUAUUUCCAUCAUAUUUACAAGCUGUUCCCCUGGGGAUUUUUAUUUGCCUUUUUUAUGUUUGUAUUAGGUGCUACAUUUAGACCGUAGAAAGAGACCAAUCAACAUUUACUUUGUCAUGUGUGUGCUCAAGGGAUAGACACAAUGCUGUUCCAGGAGAGCAAAGUUAUUGACACAGAAAAUCCAGACAUUAUACAUUUUGCUUUUGGGAUUAAUGACUUUUGAUCCAGUUUAUUAUUACCUCUUUUUCCAUUAAGUAGAUAAUAACUGUUGAUGCAAUUUUAAUUAUGGAACCCUCUUGUUAACAAUACGGUUUCAAAGUAGUUUUACUGAAAUGUUUGAAAUGUUCCUCUUCCUUUUUAUGGCGUGCCAACAGCUGAUUUCUGAAAUGUAUCAUUUAUACCUGGAUCAUAUUUUAACAACCUUUGUAUAGUUGUGAUACUGAAAGGUGCAUAUUUUGUAAAUUGUGCUUCAUUUUGUUGGUGUGUCUUAAUGAAUGUUGCUUUAAUGGAGGUUCACUCCACUCUGUGUAUGUGAUUAGAGAGUGUGACUGGGUCCAGGUCUAGGGAAAUGAAUGAAUGACCACUUUACAACACACCUGUUGUGGGCAGUGUAGAGUGGUGAUCUGAUCUCAUAUGAGUCUAUUUUUUUGCCAUGAAUCUCACCACUCCUAUUUAAUGUGUAAUAAAGAACAAAGUAAAGAGGAA